AUGAUCAACGUAGAAAGAACAUCAUGGACCGAACCCAUUCCCGUGCCGACCAGCUUCUACGCACCUCAACAGCGCAACUGCCACGUCACAGAUGCGACAACACUGACGCCAGCAAGCUGCGGACAGCAUAAAAGCCUAGCCCAUGACCCGAGGCACUUCAGUGGAAUUGGCGGCACCGACCAGGCAGCGAUGCUUAUUCCUGCUCUUUUUGUUGUGCAGUUCGGAGUGUGGCAACUCAAUGGGCCGAUCAACGGCCCGAACGAAGGAGCUCCCGCAGAGAACCCACCGCUCGUCGCUCCUGGGGCCGGCGGCGGACUAGACACCUUCGGCCUCGGUCGAGGCUUCUUCGAAAAGAUACCGCUGAGCGGCGACUCGUGGAAAAUUAUCUUUAUGGCGGCCGAGGAAGAGGGCUACCAGCCACUAGCCGCAACAAAGGACGUCUACCGCGAACACAUCACCACGGCAGAGCGACCUAUAGAAGAAGUCGAAGCGUACCGGCAGGCCAACGACAUCACUGUCACGGGGCGCGACGUUCCUAAGCCCAUCCUGCAUGUCAACGAAGGUGGUUUCCCUGAACACAUAUGUAAGGUCAUCGAGGCACGCAACUCUGGCUCAACGCUCAGCGCAAUCGAAGCGCAGUGCUGGCCCGUUGCGCUCAGAGGUAAAGACCUCGUCGCCAUUAUCCAGGAUGCAUCAAAAGGGAAGCCUCUCGCUUACCUCGUCCCGGCGAUCAUACACGUUAUGCGCCAGCCGGUUGUGUUGCGGGGCUCUGGACCUUUAGUCCUGGUGGUCACAGCGACGCGGGUAACGGCCCUACAGGUUCGGGAAAUUGCCGAUGAGCUGAACGCGGGGUCACCGAUUCGGACGUUGUAUCUCCAGCCUGGUGAACCCCGGCAACCGCAACUCAAGCAGCUCGUGGACGGUGCCCACAUUUGCGUUGCCACGCCAGGCCGCCUCGUGUCUUUCAUGGAGGAGUGUCAGAUAAACCUGCGCUGCUGCACUUACCUGGUACUGGACGAAGUUGACCGCAUGAUAAUGAUGGGCUUCGAGAAGCAGCUUCGCAUCAUUGCGAACAACAUCCGUCCUGACCGCCAGACCCUUGUGUGGCUGUCCUCCCGCUCAAUGGAUGCGAACCGGCUGAUAGAGGAUUUGACGAGUGAAUACGUCACUGUCAGCAUCGGUGCGGCUGCCCGUGAGGACCACAAGUGCCAGGUGCAACACGAUGUCAUCAUUUGCGAGACAGUUGAGAAAGAGCAGAAACUCGUAGCCCUUUUCAACGACAUCCUUAGAGAGGAAAGUGACAAAGCCGUCGUGUUUGUUGAAAGGAAGCAAGCGGUCGAAGAUAUCGUGUCCUUUCUUCGCCUCCAAGGUUGGCCCGCCGUCGGCAUCCACGGGAAAAAGACAGCGUAUGAACGCGACUAUGCGCUGAACUCCCUCAAAUUCAGCAAGGUGCCCAUAAUGGUGGCGACCGACGUGGCAGCUUGUGCUCUAGCAGUGGACAAAGUGCGUCUUGUCGUGAGCUACGACUACCCGAGCAGCGCGAGCGAAUACUCGCGCCGCGCGGGGUACGCGGCUCGGCCCGAUGGAAGAGGCGUGAAGUACACGUUCAUAUCGCCCGAUGAAACUCAGCGUGCCAAGGAGCUGAUAUCGUUUCUUCGAGAGGCCAAGCAAGUUAUACCACCAGGGCUAAGAAUGGUAGCAAAUAAGAUCAAGGGAAGGUAG